GUUUAGCUCAGUCUGUUCAUGCACUGAAUUUGAAUCAUUUUUACAAGGUCAGUAGUUCAAUCCUCACUGAAACCGAUAUGAAAUUUUCUGGUUCUACCCAGUGGACGGGUAGAACCGGCCCCGAAGGCAUCUGAAAUUCUGGGUAGAUCCACGACAAAAAGCCUUUAGAUUACGGUAUAGGCUCUAGUACCCCAGUCCGCAGAGUUCGUCUGCGCGUUCUGGACGAGCCAAAUGUGGUUUCCUGCCCUGCUUGUGGCGCAUCAUCGAAGGGCGGAUACCAUUGGAGGACCGGGCGAGUUUGAGUUCCGGUGGAUCGACACAAUCGCCGGUGGAACGUUCAAGAUCCACAAUGAAGAUGUAGAGAUCUCUCCGUCGGCUGCGUUCUUUCGUUCUCGUGAGGAGAUAUUCGAUGCUGAAACGACCCGGAUCCAUCCCAGUAAGAUUGGAAAGAUUCGGCGGCCUGCAUUCCUAAACCGAUCCACCGGCCAAUCGAUUGAUAGUAGCGUCCGAAGUCUUUUUGACGCUGCGGUUCCUACUAUCGCAGCAGUCUUGAAGAAAAUGGAUUCGAAACUCACCAUCGUCAAGGAGUACAAGAAAUUCGUGGCGAAUCAGUCGGGAAUACGCCACAGAUCAAUUUAUGAUCACGCUUCGUGGCUGGACUCGCUCCGCCUUCAUCUCCCCCCAGAGUUUGACGAGGCAAUUGUGCAACCACUGGCCAAGCUACUUGCACACAAAGAUCUGGAGUCAGUGGAACUUCGGACAAGGACGGAUCGCGUGGAAAGCAUCGGCCAAGUACUCCUUGCGCUUCUAUACAUCCAACACAACCUCGGGGAGGCUUACGACCUCAGUGGUCAUCUACUGACCGACUUCAAGCUGAAUCGGGUAUGCGUUGGGCGAUUCAGUGACGAGAGCGUCCUCCGUGCCAUGUUUCUUCAGUCCGAAGGCGAUCCAGUCACAAUUGAAGAAUAUCAACGACUGGAAGCGAAGUUCGUCAUGGAGCACUCCAUUUAUGACGCCGAUUUCCGUCCCCGAAUCUGGGAACGAGUGGGAAAUGCAGAGAAGCGUCCGCCUUCGAUUUUUGUUAUCCUCCCGGCCCCGAAGCGAAGCAGAUCGGUUCCCGACAAUGAGGACGAAGAUGGAACAUCUAUUCGGAAGCGCCUCAGACCACAUCCACGCCCCCGCAAACGGUACAACCACUGA